AUGCGUUCAGUUCACAGCUCGUACUUAAUAGGGGAACACUGAAUUCGUGUUGUAGUUUUAAUCAAUAUUAACGCUAUGUUUAGUGACAAAAUUUGGUUAUCACUAUUUUCGAUGGUGUCAAUGGUUUUUUUGUUUAAUCAGCAAGCUCAAUCGGCAAAUAUUCUCGCAUUUGUAUCGGACCACAGUCGAUCGCAUUGCAUUAUACUCGAAUCUCUUCUACAAGCGUUGGCGCAAAGGGGUCACAAUGUUACCAUUGUGUCAAUGUGUUCGGGGAAAAACAGAAGCAAUGCAUUGCCCAAUUACCACGAGAUACGUCUGAACGAAAGAAAUGUUUUUUUGGACGAGUACCGCAACGACGUUGUGUCAAAAAUGAAAAAUUCCAACAAGCAAGCUGACUUAAAUGCCAUGAAAGCGCUCAAAAUCAACGCCGAAUCGUCCAACAGAGCGUUAGAGGAUCCGAUGACCAAACUGUUGCUAAGCAGUGGACAGACAUUCGAUUUGUUUAUUUUGGGAUGGCAGAACAAUGAAUUCCUUCUCGGCAUUGCGGCUCAUUUCAAAUGCCCGUCUAUUGUUUUCUAUACAAUGGGAUCGACGAAAACGAUUCGUGAUUUUGUUGCCAGUCCAGCGUCCGUUCAAAAUAAUCGAGCUACGGCUAUUGUUCAUCGUCAAGUCAAGUCGACAUUCAAAAAACGCUUAUCCUACAUGUGGGAGCAUGUCAUCGAAUUUUUGUUAUUAGAAUUUUACGACUAUUUUGUUUUCCAAUCGUACUACGAUCAGCAUUUCCCAUCGAGUAGCAAUUUUCCAUCUUAUCAAGAAGUUAAACAAAAUGUUUCGCUGGUUUUUACUUGUCACCAUUUUUCGCAAGGUGGACUUCGGCCAAGCGUACCGAAUUUGAUCGAAGUUGGUGGCAUUCAUAUCAAAAAUAGAUCGGACCCAUUGCCGGCAACAAUCGACGAAUUUCUGCGUAACACCAACGACUACGGUGCUAUUCUGUUCAGUCUGGGUACCAAUGUGAACAGUGCCGAUUUUGCAUCGGAAAAGGUAGAAGCCAUUCUGAGUGUCUUCGCAGGACUGCGUCAAAAAGUGAUUUGGAAGUGGGAAAGCAACGAUAUACCACAAAGUAAACCAGAUAAUGUUUUAAUGACAAAAUGGGUACCUCAAGACGAUCUCUUAGCUCAUCCAAAUAUUCGAUUAUUUAUAUCACAUUGCGGAUUGGGUGGUGUCACGGAAGCAUUGUUUCAUGGCGUUCCAAUUUUGGGCAUACCAUUCAUCUAUGAUCAGCAUGUGAAUGCAAUAAAUAUAGCUGACGAAGGAUGGAGCAUCCAUUUGCCGUACGAUAGCAUUACAUCAGAAUCAUUCUCAUCGGCAGUCAAUGAAAUGCUGUCGAAUCGAUCAUAUACCGUCAGAGUGAAGGAAUUAUCGAAAUUGUACAGAGAUCGACCACAAACAGCUUUGGAUACAGCCGUCUAUUGGACAGAAUAUGUGAUCAGGCAUCGUGGGGCAGCACAUUUGCAAAUGCCUCAAGUGAAAAUGAAUUUCAUUCAACGGCAUUCGUUGGACGUAGCAGCGUUUUUCGUUUUUUUAAUCUUUUUCGUAUACAGAAGCAUUCGAUUUUUGAUUUCACGAAUUUCUGUAUUGCAGCUGAUACUAAUCGUAAGUUUACUCAUUUAUGUCGAUAGAAUUUAUGAUUUUAUGGCUGUGGACAUUAUAGUUGGUGCCACCUCAUUUCGAAAGUAACUAGUUCGAAAUUGAAGUUUUUUUUUUACAAUUCCAUAGAACAAAAAGUACUUGCUAAAAACUCUUCGAAUCCUUUUGCCGUCCUGUUUUCAAUUCAUUUACAAGCCGAUUCGCUCGUAA